CAGAAAGGGUAGUCCAUUAUGUCUUGGGGGAGCAACUGAUAUUUAUCCUGUGAUUCCUGUGACUGAGCGACUCCUCCCGGAUACAUUGAAAUGGCGGCCUAAACCUGUUCAUUUCAUUUCACAACCACAAUGGCCACCCGAAGCAGCUCCGCCUUUUCAUAUCCUCCAAACUAUACUUUUACCUCUCAUCGUCUUCAUCGAACUCUACAUGCAUCUGACAAGCAGCCAAUCGUCCUUGUAGCAUGUGGUUCCUUCAACCCCAUCACAUAUCACCAUCUCCGAAUGUUCGAGAUGGCAAAUGACUUCGUUCGGCAGAACACCAAUUUUGAAAUCAUUGGUGGAUACCUCAGCCCUGUCAGUGAGGAAUACGAAAAGCCAGGACUGGUUCGAGCCCAUCACCGGGUCAAUAUGUGCACGCUCGCUACAGAGCAAGAGUCUUCAGGGCUCAUGGUCGACUCGUGGGAGACAUUCCAAAAUUAUCAACGCACGGCUGUCGUCCUUGACCACUUUGAUUACGAGAUUAAUACCGUCCUCGGCGGGGUAUCUACCCGAGACGGUGAACAUCGCGAUGUUCGAAUCAUGCUUCUCGCUGGCUCAGACCUCAUCAGCACCAUGUCUGAGCCAGGUGUUUGGUCUCAUAAUGAUCUCGAUCGCAUACUUGGACGUUAUGGCACGUUUGUUAUUGAACGCACAGGGUCCAGUAUGGACCAAGCGACAGACAGCUUGGCGCGCUGGCGUAACAACAUCUAUCCUAUCCCCCAACUGGUCCAAAACGAUGUUUCCUCGACGAAAGUUCGGUUGUUCUUUCGUCGGGGUCUUUCGGUCCGGUAUCUCAUCCCAGCUCCUGUUAUUGAUUAUAUAAAGCAGAACCAUCUAUACCUAGACGACGGAUCGGGCCCAGAGAAAGGAAAGGGGAAGGACAAGGACAAGGAAAGUGAAGAAGCUGAAACUAACUUUUGAGACGGCGGGUCUCUACUGAAAUCAUAACUGGCUUUCAGUUGAUACCUAGGAUAAUCUAUUGACCUUGAAUGUACAACAAUGUGUAUUCCCCAAGAGCCCGUAACCGAAAUACCAGUUUGACUCGACCAUCUUGGAUAGUAG